UUGAAACGUCAAAGUACGAAAUAAACAAAGUUCAUCUCGGUCGUAAGAUUUUAUUUUCGUGAAUUGCGAAAAGUAUUCAAUGUCUGUAAUGAGUAGCGACGAAAAGGAUAGUAGCGAUGAAUUGUGGGAUAAGAUACAGGCAAAACGAGAUAUUCACAAGGCAGAAGUGGAUCAGGAAACAAAUCCCAGCAGGAAAAAGUUAAAAUCAUGGCUGAAUAACACUUUUCGAGUUAAGAUGACCGACGGGCGAAUACUGAUUGGAAUGUUCGUCUGUACUGACGCCGAUGCAAACGUUAUUCUAGGAUUAACCAGUGAAUACACGGAAACGGGUGGGGAGGAACGUGUUCUCGGACUAGUCAUGAUUCCCGGACGGUACAUCGUGUCGAUUGAAAUUGAUGAAGCUAAUUUAGUAGCUGCAAGCUAGUAUGUAGGAAAUAACGUUUAUUUCAACAAUUUGUAAAUUAUGUUUUACUGGCUAUAUAUAUUAUAAGAUAAAUGUCAAAUUUAAA